GUCGCUCUCAUCGCUCCUCUGCGGUCCGGGUCGUUACUCAUUAAGCUUUCGGCGGCGUUGUCUUCUGCAGAGCCAGUCAUACAAGCCCACAGCCAACCGGCUGUCGUUCGGUGUUUCCAGUGCCGAUCCUCGGCAUUUACACCGUCAUGCUCAUUAAUUAAUCCCUUCUCCACAGACUGGAAAGCUUCUGAGUCCGGAGUCCUAACACGGGUUUAUUAUUGUUCAAUUCUCCUGUCAUGCUCCCGUAGACUCGCUGGCUAGAUAUACCUAUCAGGAUGCCGCCGACUGGAGCAGCUCUCUGGCGCACACUGCGCGCACACCAAGUCUACGGUGCUAACACCAGUGUUGGGAAGACAGUCGUCUCAACUGCUCUAUGCAAUGCCUUUCAAAAGUCCCGGGGUCAGGCCGCUUUUCUAAAGCCCGUGUCGACAGGCCCACUGGACGAAGCUGAUGACCGGUCCGUCUGUCGAAUCCGCUGGAUGUUUUUUGUCUUCUCUUGCCAGUUCCAUGCCUAGGACUUAGCUUAACGGGUUCAAUUAUGCAGACAUAUUAAGCGUUUUGCACCUGGGGUCCGGACGAGAUGCCUAUACCAAUUUGACGAACCGGUCAGCCCGCAUAUUGCAGCCCAGCAAGGAACAGUUCCGCACGAUGAUGAGAUCUUGACCUCUGUGUACAGUACUCUGUCAGAUUGGGCCCAGGAUGGCAUCAAUUUCGGCAUCGUAGAAACAGCCGGUGGUGUGCAUUCUCCUGGUCCAAAUGGAAACUCUCAAGCGGACCUCUACCGGCCCCUGCGUUUGCCAAUUGUCCUGGUCGCAGAUUCUCGCCUGGGUGGUAUUUCGUCGUCCAUCUCCGCCUACGAAUCUCUCAUGCUCCGUGGCUAUGAUGUGCACUCGGUUUUGGUAUUCCGUGACAAUUAUUAUAAGAACCACGAAUAUCUAAGCGAUUAUUUUAGGAAGAAGAGCAUUCCGCUCGUGCCACUACCGCAGCCUCCGGUGAAACCCGCUGGGCAGGAUGCUGACUCUCUCGCACGAGACGAGGAGGCUUUGGUAGCAUAUUAUUCCAAGGUUGCGAAGGAGUCCGAUAUCUUGCAGCUCUUGGAUGAGCUAGCAGUUAAAAAUGCCGAGAGAAUUGACCGCUUGGAGUCUAUGGCUGAUCGUGCUCACGACAUGAUCUGGUAUCCGUUCACCCAGCAUCAUGACAUGAAAGCCAAGGACAUUACCGUCAUCGAUUCAGCAUAUGACGACUACUUCCAAACGUACCAGUCUAACAAUGAUAGUGCGGGAGAUGGCAAACUUCGUGCUACGUUUGAUGGCUCUGCAUCCUGGUGGACCCAAGGCCUAGGACACGGCAACCCUAACCUCUCCUUAUCUGCUGCAUAUGCAGCUGGACGGUAUGGACAUGUCAUGUUCGCGGGAACUAUUCAUGAACCAGCACUUAAACUGGCAGAAAUCCUACUGGAAAAGCUGGGAAAUCCUCGCUUCCAAAAGGUCUUCUACACGGAUAACGGAAGUACUGGAAUGGAAGUCGCUGUGAAGAUGGGUUUGAGAGCUGCGUGUCAGCGAUACGGAUGGGACGCGAGUAAAGAGGAAAUCAGUAUCCUAGGUCUUAAAGGCAGUUAUCAUGGCGACACUAUAGGAGUCAUGGAUUGCUCUGAACCGUCAACUUAUAACAAGAAAGUUGAAUGGUAUCGUGGGCGCGGGUACUGGUUCGAUUUCCCUAAAGUGAAGAUGACCCGGGGAACUUGGAAGAUCGAGGUUCCGGAGACUCUCAAAGUAUCACUAGGCCCAGAUCUCGAUUUCUCAUCGUUGAGUGCUAUCUUCAAUCUGGAGGAGAGACUUAGAUCGGAUGUUGGGAAACGGUACCAGGAUUACAUCAAGGACACAAUCCAAAAUGCUGUUCAGCAGCAAGGAAAGAAAUUCGGUGCUCUUAUUCUCGAGCCCAUCAUUUUAGGGGCCGGUGGGAUGUUCUUAUGCGAUCCCCUAUUCCAACGGUGCCUAAUUGAAGUCGUCCGCAACAACCCACAGCUAUUCUCGACUACCGCCAAAUCCCCUAGUGGAGGCAAGGACUCAUUUUGGUCCGGCCUGCCUGUCAUCUUCGAUGAGGUCUUCGUCGGUUUGUACCGUCUCGGACGUUUUACUGCCGCCUCAUUCCUCAACGUUGACGCAGAUAUCGCUGUUAACGCCAAAUUAUUAACGGGUGGACUAAUCCCUCUGUGCACGACAGUGGCCAGUAAUGAAAUCUUCGACGCCUUUUCUAGCCCGGAAAAGAGUGACGCCCUAUUACACGGACACAGUUACACGGCCCACGCAAUAGGAUGCACCGUUGCCGCGGACUCACUGCAGACCAUGAUGAGCCUGGAUGCGACCGGUUCCUGGGAUAAGUGCCGCGAGGAUUGGAGGGUGAGCGAAACUGGAAGCAGUAAUGAGAAGGGAACAGAGACGCUCCCGGAUAUCUGGAGUGUAUGGUCGCGCGAUUUUGUGCAUGAUCUUUCCCAUGCAAAAUCAGUAGAUGGUAUUUUUUCAAUAGGCACAGUUCUCAGUAUCUCGUUGCGAGACGAGAAGGGCGCCGGCUACACAUCCACUGCAGCAAAGGGUCUCCAAGAAUAUCUUUCAGUCGGAGCUAAGCAGUUUAACGUGCACUCCAGAGUCCUCGGCAAUGUGCUAUACUUGAUGGCUAGUACUACGUCAAAGUCCGAGUCCUUGCGGGCGUUGGAAGGACUGCUCCGCUCGGCUUUGUUGUAAGUUAGAUUGAUCCUUCGAUGUGAGCACUGGGAUCUAAUGUAUAUUGGCGUAUGCAUUCUGUUCUUUUGGUCUAGCUGAGCUGUAAAUACAUGUGGAUCACCGGAGAUAAAAGAAAAGGAUAUGAAAAAAAGUAUAUAGAUCAUGAGACAUGUUUUUCCGAUAAGGAGACAUGGGCAGCGGCAUUUUUCUUUCAUUCUUUCGUUUGCUCUUUUUCUCUUUUCUUUCUUUUUUUUUUUUUUUUUUCAAUUCA